AUGGUUCAACUCGCCCACAUCUUCAAGAAGGACAAGGACAAGGAGAAACCAGAUCUUGACAGUUCGCGAUCACCUAGAACUUCUUUCUCCGCCUCUCGCUCUCCCUCUACCAAGUCUCCGAAACCCAAGUCGCCUACCAAAUCUCCCUCCAAAUCCCCCUCCAAGUCUUCUAAACCUUCUUACUUCUCCCACAGUCGGUCUUCUUCCUCCGGGCCGACCAACUUCAAAUUUUCCCGCUCUUCGCGUGACCAGGACACUCACCCGCUCAAUCUUCCCCCCGACGAACUACGUCGACGAUUGUCCGCCAUGGCCGCUUCCAAGGAGGACCAGCGCAGCUCCAUGGAUAUCGAUCCCCAAGAACCGCAGAACGGCGUGAACGGCAAGGAGGAGCGGAGUCCUACCCCGCCACCUCACCGGCCGACCGCUGCCUCUGCGGAUGAGGCAGAUUCCUUCAAGUUGGCCGGUAACAAGUUCUUCAAGGAUGGCAACUACCGACGAGCGAUCGAGGAGUACAACAAGGCCAUCGAGAUUAACCCCAACUCAUCCGCUUAUCUGUCGAACCGCGCCGCGGCGUACAUGUCCGCGAAGCAAUACGUGAACGCGCUCGAGGACGUGCAGCGCUCCAACGAACUCGACCCCAACAACCCCAAGAUCCUGCACCGAUGGGCCAAGAUCUUGACCAACCUGGGUCGUCCUCAAGACGCCUUGGACGUCCUGUCCCGCGUGCAACCCCCCGCGAGUGCGACCGAUCGCGCCCCCGCCGAGAAGAUGCUGCGUGCCGUCACGCAGGCCGAGGAGACAUUAGCCGAGAACCGCGGUGUAUCAAUGGUCAUUUUCUGUCUGGACCAGGCGCGACAGGGACUCGGACAGGGCGUCAGAGAGCCUCGCAAGUGGACACUUUUGGCCGCCGAGGCCCAGCUCAAGCUGAACAACCCCAACUCGCUGGGCAAGGCGCAGGAUAUUGCCAUUUCCUUGCUUCGCGAGAACAGCCAGGACCCGGACGCCAUGAUGAUCCGUGCCCGUGCCUUCUACGCCCUCGGUGAGUCCGAGCAGGCGCUCAAGCUUCUGAAGAUGUGCCUCGGGCUGGACCCGGAUAUGAAGCAGGCCAUCAAGCUGCUGCGGAUUGUGCAGAAGUUGGCUCGUACUAAGGAGGAAGGCAACAACGCCUUCAAGGCCAAGGACUACCGUCGUGCCAUCGACCUCUGGGCUCAGGCUCUCGAAGUUGAUCCCUCCAACAAGGAUAUGAACUCCAAGAUUCUUGGCAACCGUGCUCAGGCUUAUAUCAACCUGAAGGAGUACGACUCUGCUAUUCAAGACUGUACCGAGGCUCUCCGUCUGGACCCUGGCUACGUCAAGGCCAUGAAGGUUCGCGCCAAGGCGCACGGUGGUGCCGAUAACUGGGAGGAGGCUGUUCGCGACUAUAAGAGCGUUGCUGAGAACAACCCCGGCGAGGCGGGCAUUGCGGAGGAGAUCCGCCGUGCCGAGUUCGAGUUGAAGAAGUCUCAGCGCAAGGACUACUAUAAGAUUCUCGGGGUCGGCAAGGAUGCUAGUGACCAGGAGAUCAAGAAGGCCUACCGCAAGAUGGCUAUCCAAUACCACCCCGAUAAGAACCGUGACGGUGAAGCCGGUGACGAGAAGUUCAAGGAAGUUGGCGAGGCAUAUGAGACUUUGAUUGAUUCUCAGUGA